CUCAACAACACUCCAACCACCAUCACUACCAAGCUCCCACCAACCAUGGACCGCGCUCCCCUCCCACCAGCUCUCGCACCAUGUACAUUCUCCUCCAUCCUCCCAUCGGUAGAAGAAAUACUAGGCCUGGUGUAUAGGCUUUCGGAGGGUGAAGGAGCAAACGACGAGAUAGUGCAAAAGGUGAAGGUCAUUGCUGCUCAAAUCGCAAGCAUGAAGGCAGCAGCCUCGAAUCUGCCAGGCGGGCAUCUCGGCACGGACGCUGUGCGAGAGCUCACGCGUAUUCUGGAAGAGCAAGCAGAAUCAAAGCGCGCGGUGUUGAGACAGUUCGCCGAGGCUUCCUCAGUGAUCGCGGAGAAAGACGGAGCGUCUCCUUGAGGAUGACGGGGCACAUCAAUCAUUCGGGGAGCGGAUCCCAUGGAGCGCUCAACAAACGGCUUUCACAGCGAGGAUGCCAGCGAUUACAGACACUCCCGCACGUUACCGGUCGAAACGCUGAGGCCGCAGAGAUCUCCAACAGCCAGCCUACUUCGUUGUACGCAUCGCUAUGUAUCACUACGCCAUGUCUAGGCGGCGCUCCGAUGAGCCGUCCGUUGCCUGAACAACAAAUCCGGAAGUUACAGGUAUGCAUGAGUGGUUAUAAACGUGGCGCUGCGAUCUCCUAUCUACUGUUCCAGAUCCUCCAACUCUCCC